CAGGUCCCUUUCCAGUUAGUCAGUAUCUUUGGUGUAGUGCGGACAUUUCGGUUAAUUACACAAGCUAAUGGUGAUAUCUGUCCUUAUAAAGAGACGCAACGCGGGUGCAAACUCAGUCAUUUUCCAAGCUCGGAGUGUCUUAUAUAAAAGCGACGAAGGCGAUGAUCAUGUGGAUUUACAGGGCACUGCUGUGUGUCACUCUUGUAGUUUACUCAGUGAGCAAGAGGAACUUUCUUCAGGACUACCAGAAGACCGACGGGGUGCGCCUGGUCAGGUCAAAUAGCUCCCACCUGACCAAGAGCAGGGGUCUGAGUGUGGUCAGGUGUGCCCGGAGGUGUAGCCGUGGCAAGAGAAUGCCUUUUACCUGCAGAGCGUUCUACUUUGACCAGAAAAACAGGAAAUGCCAUUGGCUGUCCUUCGACAGCUACACUCCCGGUGUUCAGACGGAGCACGAUUUCAACUUUGACCUCUACGAGAAGAAAGACUACGUGAAGCAGUGCAUCACCGGCGCCGGGCAGAACUACAAGGGGACGCGGUCCGUCACCAAAUCCGGCGUCAGGUGCCAGGCCUGGGCGUCGACCAUGCCGCAUGAGCACAAGUACCUGCACGUGAGAGACCGGAAAACCGACCUGGCGGAGAACUACUGCCGUAACCCGGACAACGAGACGACGGGGCCCUGGUGCUUCACCGUGGACCCCGACCUGAGGCACGAGACCUGCGCCGUCCCCCAGUGCUCCGACGUGGUGUGCAUGAAAUGCAACGGGGAGGACUACAGGGGGCCCGUGGACCGCACCGAGAGCGGGAAAGAGUGCCAGCGAUGGGACCUGAUGGAGCCGCACAGGCACCCCUUCCACCCGAAAAGGUACCCCGACAAGGGCCUGAAGGACAACCUCUGCCGCAACCCCGACGAUCGCCUGCGGCCCUGGUGCUUCACGCUGGACCCCAGAACGCCGUGGGAGUACUGCGACGUCAAAGCGUGCGACUCAGACCCCGAGACCGACGCGCACUCGACGACCGAGUGCUUCCUGGGUCAGGGGGAGGGGUAUCGGGGCACGGUGGGCGUGACCCCCAGCGGGGUGACGUGCCAGCGCUGGGACUCCCAGGUCCCCCACAACCACUCCUACAGCCCCCAGAACUACAAGUGCAAGGACCUGCGGGAGAACUACUGCAGGAAUCCGGACGGGGCCGACCUGCCCUGGUGCUUCACCACCGACCCCGCCGUGCGCAUGGCCUUCUGCACCAACAUCCCCCGCUGCGAGGCCGACGCCCGCGAGCCUGAAGAAUGCUACGAAGGCGUCGGGGAGAAGUACGGGGGCCGCCUCUCCAAGACGAGAUCGGGCGUUCCCUGUGGACCUUGGGAGGACCGUAGCAGAAGCGGUGACAGGGAAGCCUCAGCGUUAGCUGCCGGGCUGGAGACGAACUACUGCAGGAACCCAGAUAAGGAUAAACACGGGCCCUGGUGCUACACCAAUAGCUCAUCCAUCCCCUGGGACUACUGCAUGAUUAAGCCCUGUAAGCUGCCCUCGAAUACAGUUGCUCCAAAAAGCGAUACACCGAAGGUUCCCUGCUUCUUCCACAAAACGACGCGGAUCGUCGGGGGCGACCACGUCCGGGGCAAAGACGGAAGCUGGAUGGUCAGCAUACAGAAGGGGAACAUACACUGGUGUGGUGGCACGCUCAUACGAGAGAAGUGGGUCCUGACGACCCGGCAGUGCUUCUCCUCAUGCGUUCCCGACCUGUCCGAGUACAGCAUCUGGGCGGGGUUCCUCCACCUCAACGGUUCGGGCGGGGGGGGCCCCUCGAGCCGGCAGGAGCUGAGGAUCGCCCACAUCAUCUGCGGCCCCGAGGGCUCGGACCUGGCUCUGCUGAAGCUCUCCCAACCCGCCAUGCUGGGCGAGCGCGUGGACACCAUCCUCCUGCCCGUUUCGGGGUGCGCCAUGAAGGAGGGAGUCGUCUGCAGCAUGUACGGAUGGGGCGAGACGCAAGGGACCGGACAGGAAGGGGUGUUGAAAUCGGUGCAGCUGCCGAUCGUGAGCAACGGGAAGUGCGUGGAGUUCCACCGCAGAAACAUCCAGAUAACCGACACCCGGAUCUGCGCCGGGGGCAGGAGGAACGAGGGCGUGUGCGACAAGGACUACGGCGGGCCCCUGGUGUGCCAGGAGGGCGAGAGCAAAGUGAUCGUGGGCGUGAGCGUGCACGGGCGGGGCUGUGCCCUGGCCAACCGGCCGGGCAUCUUCGUCAACGUGCCCUUCUACACCGACUGGAUCCACAAGGUCUUCAUCCACUACUCGCACCUGGAGGAGAACCAGUAGGGCAGCGGGUUCGAGGCCACUUUCAAAAUGGCCGGACUCAAAAAAACCGAUGCUGACAUCUGUGAUGUUAAAGACCUGUUUUUUUUAAUAAACCCUAAUUAGG